CCGGGGCUUGAAUGGCCCCCCUUGUCCGGGAGUGCGGAAUUUUUUUUUUCUUUUUUUGCCGUCACAGCCCUGGGAAGCGCAGAGGCAAGAUGGCGCCGGCAGCGGCAGCGAGCGGGGACCGGGGGCUGAAGAGCUUGGUGUGGCAGAAACUAAAAGCAUCAGUGUUUGAUGACUGUAGAAAAGAGGAAGAAUGGAAGAUAAUUCUUCUAGAUGACUUUACUACUAAGCUGCUUUCAUCAUGUGGUAAAAUGACAGACCUACUUGCGGAAGGGAUAACUGCGGUGGAGAAUGUUUACAAAAACCGUGAACCAGUCCCUCACCUGAAAGCCAUUUAUCUUAUUACACCUACAACAAAGUCUGUAGAUGGACUUAUAAAUGACUUUGCAAGUAAAUCAUCCAAGUACAAAGCAGCCUAUGUCUACUUCACUGACUUUUGUGAUGACAAACUUUUCAAUAAAAUGAAGUCAUCUUGUUCAAAAGCUAUCAGAAGAUGCAAAGAAAUUAAUAUUAACUUCAUUCCUAAUGAAUCUCAGGUAUUUACUCUUGAUGUCCCAAAUGCCUUCUACCGCUGUUAUAGUCCCAACAUAGAGAAAACAAAUGAUAAUGCAAUGGAGCAAAUUGCUGAGCAAAUUGUUACCUUAUGUGCUACUCUAGAAGAAAAUCCAGGGGUCAGAUAUAAAAAUAAACCUUUGGAUAAUGCCAGCAAGCUUGCCCAGCUAGUCGAGAAAAAGCUUGAAAACUAUUAUAAAAUUGAUGAGCGAAGUCAAGUAAAGGGCAAGACUAAUUCCCAGCUGUUAAUAAUUGAUCGUGGCUUUGACUCUGUGUCUACUGUGCUUCAUGAGCUCACUUUUCAGGCAAUGGCUUAUGAUCUACUACCAAUUGAAAAUGAUACAUACAAGUAUAAGACUGAUGCUGCAAGUGGGAAAGAAAGGGAAGCCAUUCUAGAGGAAGAUGAUGAACUUUGGGUAAAAAUCAGGCACAAACAUAUUGCAGAUGUGUUGGAAGAAAUACCAAAACUUAUGAAAGAAGUUUCUUCAAAAAGGAAAGCAUCAGAAGGCAAAAUAUCAUUAAAUAAUCUGGCCCAGCUUAUGAAAAAGAUGCCCUACUUUCGCAAGCAGAUUACUAAGCAAGUUGUGCACCUUAACAUAGCUGAAGAUUGCAUGAAUAAAUUUAAAAGUAAUAUAGAAAAGUUGUGCAAAGUGGAACAGGAUUUGGCUCUUGGAACAGAUGCUGAGGGACAGAAAGUGAAAGACUCAAUGCGGGUUCUCCUUCCAGUACUGCUUAAUAAAAGCCAUGAUAGCUACGAUAAAAUAAGAGCUAUUCUUCUGUAUAUCUUCAGCACAAAUGGAACUACCCAAGAAAAUUUGGACAAGUUGAUCCAAAAUGUACAGAUAGAAAAUGACAGCAACAUGAUAAAUAAUUGGAUAUACCUUGGUGUGCCUGUCCUCACUACACCUGCAACGCAACGAAGAUCGUCAAGAAGGACUCGCUCUUCAGAAGGAACAUUUCAGCUUUCUAGAUGGACACCCAUUGUUAAAGAUGUCAUGGAGGAUGCUAUAGAAAAUAAAUUAGAUUCAAAAGAGUGGCCUUAUUGUUCCCAGUGCCCGGCACCCUGGAAUGGCUCAGGAGCAGUGAGUGCUCGUCAUAAACCCAAAACUAGUUACUUGGAAGAACGUAAGGGUGGUGCAAAGCUUAUUGUGUUUAUCAUUGGAGGUAUUACGUAUUCAGAGACACGUUGUGCUUAUGAAGUUUCUCAGGCAUACAAGUCUUGUGAAGUUAUUAUUGGAUCCACUCACACUGUGACACCUAGAAGACUUCUGGAUGAUGUAAAAGCACUUACUGUAACAAAACCAAAGGAUAGUGUGUAUUUGAAGGAUGAGUAGAAAUCAUAGUGAAACAUUCACUUCUGCUUAAC